UCAGCGCGUCUUGAGCUCGCAGAUGCGGAAUGUCGCGUUGUGGUGAGGUUGUGCAAAAUUGCUGAAAUUUUCGCGCUUCGGUACUUCAGUGUUGUGUUGCGGCUGAAAAAUGGCACCUAAACAACGCCACCCUUUCAUCGACGGGCUGAAAGACGUCCCCGUCGAGCGAAAAAAGGAAAUGAACAAAAUUAAAAUUUGGAUGAACUCGCAGCCGCAUUUGCCACACAUUUCCGAAGACUACAUCUACCUGUUUCUGCAUGCCGGCUACUACAACGUCGAAAGGACGAAAAGUUACAUCGAGAAUUAUUUUACCAUACGGGCCAGCGCGCCGGCCAUAUUCAGCGACCGAGACCCAUACUCGCCCAGGAUGCAAGUGAUGAUCGGUCUUGCGAAUUUGAUUCGGCUACCUAAGACCACACCUGAGGGGUACAGGGUGUUGUUGUAUAGUGUGAGGGAUCCGGAUCCUACUAAGAUGAUCUUCAGCGACGCUGUCAAGGGGUUUUGCAUGUACAACGACUGCGUGUUGUCGGAGGAUGGGCUAGCUGAAGGUUAUGUUGUCAUCUUCGAUAUGAGAGGGGUUAGCAUUGGCCAUCUUGCCAGAGUCAGUCUUCCUGCUUUAAAAGCCUUCAUGUUCUACAUACAGGAUGCUCACCCAGCCCGUCUCAAAGGCAUCCACAUCCUGAACACGGCCUCCUGGAUACACCACAUCAUGAGAAUUGUAGUACCAUUAGUACGAUCGGAGAUUUUAAGUUUGAUCAAGUUUCAUAAAGGUAUGAUCCCUGAGGGAAUUCCUCACGAAAUUCUCCCGGCAGACUACGGUGGUGAGGCUCCAUCCGUCGACGAACUAGAUACUCACACUAAAAGCAUGGUCGAUAAAUACUCGGAGUGGUUGAAAGAGUCUGCGUGUUUCAAAGCCGAUGAGACUAAGAGGGUUAAGAAGGCGUCCUGGUGGGGAUUGUUUAGUGGUGGUAGUGCUCCAGAAAAGCUAGAUGAGAAGACCAUACUACAAAAUUUACAAAUCGAUUGAAAUUAUAGGUUGGAAUUGUUAGGUCUAGUUAGGUAGGAGUGUAUUCAUUUGUAUAUAGUCAGAUUUAUCAUGUAUGUUUAAGUAAUGAAGGUUAGGGAUGAGUUUGUAGAUGUGAUUGUUGCUCAUGUACUUAUUUAAUAUAAAUAAAUAAAUUUUCUAAU